AAUAACAGUUUUAGGAUUAUUUUAACAGCCUUUAAAGAGUGUAAUAAGGUUUGUGGUUGACUGUUGACAGCUGAUGAGUUUAUUUCAGUAGGGUUACAGAUAUGGAGGAGCUGGUACAGGACCUGGUGUCUGCGCUGGAGCAGACCUCGGAGCAGGCCGAGCUAGAUGAUCUGUGGCAGGAGAUGGUACUUCGGCCGCUGCAGCACCGGCGCCAGGUUCGCAGGCGGAGGGGCCGCAAACGACGCUGUGAUUUUGAGCACAGCCUCUGCCUCAGCGAAGCGUCCGAGUCCAGCCUGGAUGAAGCCUUUGCAAGAGAACAGAGACACGGUGCUGCAGGAGCUGUGGCCAUAGCAGCAGGUCCUAUGAACCACAGUGAUUCUGAUGACACGCUGAUCGUCAAGCGCUGGACUCCGUCAUCACUGUCCUUCCGGACCAGACAGCACUCCUGGCCAGAGUCAGACUCGUUCACAGAGAACACACCAGGAAGACCUCUGCGCAGACGCCGCAAAGUCAAACGCAUGCCGCCAAACGUAAAUGUUAACAUGCAGCAGAGAUUUAGAGUGUGUGGAUUGGACAGAGGUGAACAAACCCAUCGUCACUGUCAUCACCAUCACCACCAUCACCACCACCAUCACCACCACCAUCAUCAUCAUCAUCAGAGGUCCUAUAAGAAGCAGAGACUGAUCCGGCUGAAGAAGCGCUCCGGGGGUUGGUCGAAGCAGGACGGCGGCUCUGUGGGGACUGGAGUCGGAGGCCUGUCUCAAGAGUGCUGGAAAGACAAGAUCCUGCGCCAGGCCAAAGAGAAGAAAGAGGCGUCGGAUGAGAACAUGUCAGAAUGUGAGACGAGCAGCGUGUGCAGCAGUGACCCUGGUCUUUUCACCAAUGAUGAGGGAAGACAAGGUGAUGAUGAACAGAGCGACUGGUUCUUCGAAGGCGAAUGUGCAUCAGGUAUCGGCGUUCAGGGCCUGAUCUCCAGCAGAGAGUCGGAAACAGCCCCUAGACCUGCUGCACUCGACGCGAUGAGAGAGAACCAUCACUCGGCUACUUUCCUCCACCCAAGCCAACCCAGUCAGAGAGGUUGUCAUGCUCGUAUAAACCGUUUGCCAGGUGUGACUGCGUGCUGCAUUCGGAAAGGCAGAAGGAGAUUGCCUGCCAAGGAUAAUAAUAAUAUCGCUGCUUGUGUGGACAAACUGAGGAACUACUCACAUGAUUCCUAUCAGAGAGAGUUUUGGCUGCCCCCCUAUGGGAAGCGAGACAGGAGACAGCUGAAACCUUUGUGCUCGCUGUCCAUGUAUCCUAUUGGCAUGGGUCCAGACGCCUCCCAUCCAAGAUGCUCCAUAUCCGAAUGUAAAAACAGACAGCGUAGUGCACAAUUGGGAGUGCUGUGUGGAGGAGACAUCAAGAGGAGGAGGAAAACCGUAGCUGUUCCCAGUGCCACUUCAGCUUCCCUCCCAUUCCGUAAGGAGACCAGACAGGCAGAGGCUAACCGAUGCUGUGAGACGGCUUUCUCUCCUGGAGGAGAAUGUGCUCACCCCUUGCCAUCCACUUCACACACACCAGACUUCAUCAAACCAGGGACUUCAUUCAGCAGUCAGAGGGAACACGAGGAUGACUGACACACACUCUCACAUUGGCUGCCCUCUUCAUGGGCACAGCUGCUCAGGGUGGAAAACCUAGCAUAGCACUCAGAGAAUACAGAAGUGAACAGAAAGAACUCUCUGUGACAAAACUUUCUGGAUUAAGUCUUUCCAACCGAGCAACCGUCUUGCAGAGAAAAAUGCUAAUGCAGUCAAUUGGGUCAAGAUGUAAGCCCAAGGCAGCUAACCCACCAGUCAUCACCCCAUUCAGAUUGAGACUGGAGAAAUUUGUCAUUGUAGCUAUAGAAACGUCCACUGGGUUAAAUUUAAAAAAAUUUUUUUUUUUUAAUAUGUAUGUUACAGAAAUAGUUUAUGGUGUCGGAUCACUAAAGUCAGAUAUGUUACGCCACGCCGAUGCAACGUUCAGAAGAUCGACCACUGAAAGUGAAAACACCCAGGUCCCUUAUUAACAUGGAUAUGAAACGCUCGAGUGCUCUAAAAACACUCAUUAGCACAACAGAGAGAGUGUGUGUUUUCCUGCACCCUCCGGGGGGCCUCCACACCCUGCUUCACAAUCCACAUUUAAAUGUUCACCAAAAAAAAAAGGGGGUUGGUGCAGCACAGUGCCUGCUUCAACAUGCAUUUUAAUUUGAGGUUACUGUUUCGGUUGGUGUGGUGAAAUGCAGCUGAUGAGUCGUAAUAAUAUUGAACAUAGUUUGGGGUCAGUGUGAAUCAGUUGCGUGAUGAUAGCACGAGUUUGUGUAUUAAUAUUAUUAUUAUUACCAGCAUGAAUUGCUGUAAAUAUUUUCUGGACCAUCUGAGAUUCCUUCAUGCGCUUGUGCUUUUGCUAUUGAAAUUUAAUACCUGUUGCUUGCUGGAACCAUUUCUACUUCAGCAAUCAGUAUAAUGAGCCUGCUUUUUGCUUCUGUUGUCAUUUAUAAAUGGACCAACGUGGCUGUGCAGACAGCUGUGGGAACUGUAGUGUCCCUUUUCCACUGCGCUCUUCAUCCGUACGACCAGCUGCCUUGAAUUGACAGAUUGCUUACUGCGUUUCCUUAUUGUGUUUUUUUGUGAAUCGUCAAACCUAUUUCCUCACCUGUCUAUAAUUAGUUGUUACCAUGACAACAUUAACUCAUGGGCCCCUCAACCCUUUGCGUGUGUGCAGCCUGAAAUGAGUUUCGUCGGGGGGCAGAAAGUGGGAGUGGGGCGACAACAUGACGCGUGCACCCAGUCAAUCACCUCAGCUACAGUUAAGGAAUCCAGUGGGCUGAUGCUCCUCAUAUUUCAUCCUUGGUAAAGAUUACCUGUCGGCCCCAGAGGAGAUGUAUUGAUCUGUUUUCCUUUUUUUCUGCCAGCAAUCACCUGACAAAGGCACCUAGGAGUGCAGAAGUGAGUGAUGCCCAGUCAUGUCUCCACCCACUGUGGUAUAAUUUGAGAGGGAGGGGGUAGUGGCCACUUACACCUGAAGAUAAUGUCAACAUAAACCAUGCAUGCACUUGUGCAUCAAGUCCUGACCAACACAUUCAGAGCUAUUUUGCUUCGAUAAAAUUCAGUCAAAAUUGUUAGACAACAGUAGGCUGUCGUAGGAUAAACUACUAGGCGGUACGGUGGUGUAGUGGUUAGCACUGUCGCCUCACAGCAAGAAGGUUCUGGGUUUGAGCCUAGUGGCUGAUGGGGGCCUUUCUGUGUGGAGUUUGCAUGUUCUCCCCGGGUGCUCCGGUUUCCCCCAAAGACAUGCGGUUAAGUUAACAUGGGGCAGCCAUGGGCUGACAUGCCCUUGAGCAAGGUGCCUAACCCCUAACUGCUCCCUGGGCGCUGUUAGCAUGGCUGCGUAUGUGUGUGUGCUCAUUGCUCAUAUAUAUGUGUGUGUUCACUGCUUCAAAUGGGUUAAAUGCAGAGAGGAAUUUCACAAGUGUACGUGUGAUGAAUAAAAGUUCUUCUUCUUCUUUUAAAUUAAUAAGUGUGAUGCCCUUUUGCAGUUUGGGUGUAUGCCGGACAGUAGGUGGCAGUAUUCAGAAUUUGUCCUUUUAUCGGUAGUCAAUAAAAUAUGAGUAAACAAACAUUUCACAUCUGGGGAGGAUAAACAUGGAGGAAUCGUAAUGAUGACUCUGUUGACCUUUUAUGAACAUCAGUAUAAUACAAUUACGACACUAUACAAAUGGUAUUUGGCGCACACACACUCACGUUUUGAACUGUCAUAUUUCAAGUGGGCAGGAAGUUGUUUCUGUAUCUGAUUUCAGAGUUCCCUGACAUAAAAAGGUAAUGUUGCUGAAUGGUGUUGUGUUAGGAUGUGUUUUUAAAAAAAAAAAAAAAAGAAAGAAGAAAUGAAAAUAUCUGAGUAGUUACUGCUUCUGGUCCAUAAAUGGUACAGUGUUCAGCUUGAGUGAUGUAGGUUAUGAAAUAUCAUAUUUAACAUUAUUACAGCAUUUAAAACAAACACAAUCAUUUCUAUUAUUGUAAACAUGUCUAAGGAAUUUCUGUAGAAGUCGUUGAUUAAAAAAAAAAAGUACUAUUGCAUGUCCUGCUCUGAAUGUAUUGUAUAACAGCGUAUACAGUGCUGUACUGUAAUAAUUAUACAUGUUUAAUGCUUGUUUGUUUGGAUAAAUACUUUGAAUUUUUGCAAGCCAUCUUCACUUUCAACUAUCAGGUAAAUAUUUAACAGCUCUUGUUAACAGUAUAAGACAGUACCUGCUGGUCAUAUAUCAAGAAUUGGAUAUGAAAUCUAUAAAUUUGGGCUGUAUUCAGAGUUGAAUUAUGCAAGAUUUAAUACCAGAAUUGAUAUUCAGACUUAAGACCUAAUCCAGACUUAAACGUGAUGUGAGUUACACAUUCAGGGUGGAGUUUGAGUAAAACAGAGGUGUGUCUCAGUUAUGGGCAACUCUGUCCUGAAACUUUAACUCUCUUUUUUUUUUUCCCCCUUGUACAAUAUCCAGAUAGAGUGAAGAGCAGUGUUAAGUCCAGCGCCACUGUCUGACAGUUUGAUAUACUGUAAUCACAAUAUGUCAUGCUGAAAUUCAUGUUUUGGGCUGUAAAUACACUCAGAAAAUGAUCCCGUGCCAAUUGUGACAUAAUUGUGACACUCCACCUAGAACAUUGACUGACUUAAAGAGGUACGUAACCGAACUCCACAAAUUUCCCCGUGUAAAUAUACACGUAAUGAAUGGUCGGACGUAAAUUACCAACUCUGAAUACGGCCCUUGGAGUACAAACAUUUCUUUUUAUUAAUGGAAUGUUGUGUGGCACACAUGAGCGAAUCUAAUCACUGUCAUCUGGGCAGCUGUUUCUUUGUAGAUUAAAUAUUGCUCAAAGAUAUCAUGUUAUUACAGUAUAUGUGUAUUAUGGAUGAGAAAGCAUGCAUAUAAAUCUCAGUGCACUUGUCAUUGUACAUCAGUGAGCUAUAGCUUGUCAGUAGAUUUGGAAUGAAUUGAAGGAUUGUAAUGAAAAAUAAAACAUCUGAUAUGUGAUUACCUUA